AUGAGCCAAUUGUCGAACAGGGGGGAGGUGAAAGAGGGCAGCCAACAUGGUGAGGAACCACAGGGGAGAAUCUCCCACAAAGGCUACAAAACACAGCGAAGUAGCGCCCUACUCGACGUGAACUUUCGAAAUGGCGUCGUCAAGUGCGACAUGCUGUCAUCUAUGAAUGAGGAAGCGAAAAUAAAGUUGAGGAAGCUGUUCCAAGACGAUGACAACCGGGUGCACGAUGAGGAGUUAGGACUAAACAUACAUAUAAAAAAUAUUUGGAUCUACGUGAACCUAAUGUGUACGUUUACCAUCCAUGAUUUGAUUCUCAUUUCGAGGUCCUUCAAAAACACAGAAAUUAUUUACGACGAUGUUGUAUUGAGUGGAACGGAGGAUGGCUCCAUCUUUAAGGAUGGAGGAGGUAAAAGAAAAGGCAGUCUGUUCAUUUAUUUUCAGAAUUAUAAAAUCAGGAAGAACGUGGUGAAAAUAUUUUUGCAGAAUCCUUAUUCUGUUUGCUUCAUACACAAAAAUGGAUCUGUGCAUGUCCACGGGGCAUUGACGUUGAGGAGAGCCUUGCUCAUUAUGAUUAAGGUCAUUAAGAGAUUGAAAUAUAAAACCUUUUGGAUGUAUCGAAGUGGGUGUAGUAUGGAUGUACAUCACCAGGGGGGGGAACUUCAAGCGGAAGGAGAAACAGCUGCAGCGGGUGUGCCACCUUGUGAUGACCAGAGCGUGCACCCGCACGAGGGGAGAAGCAAUUUGCUAACGAUUCAGCAGAACGGGGGGGGGUCCAUUUCGGGAAAGUUCACUCCUGAGCAGAGCAUUGUCAAGGAAUCUACACCUGAGCAGAGCACUGUCAAGGAAUCUACUCCUGAGCAGAGCAUUGUCAAGGAAUCUACUCAUGAGCAGGGCAGUGCCGAGGGGGCCACUCCUGAGCAGAGCAGUACCGAGGGGGUUGUUUCCCCGGAUGGGGGCCACCCAAAAAAGGACAAGAACACGGAAAAGGUCUCCCAAACGAUUCGCUUCUGCGAAACGGUCAUUGAAGAACUAAGAAGCAAAAUUAAAAAGUAUGGGCAGGACGACUGGAGGAAGGACGACUGGGGGAAGGACGAUUGGGGACAGGCCAGGGCACAUCCAGCAGAGAGACCCUGUCAGGGGGAAGAGAAAAAACAAGUCCCAUCCAAAAGGGGUAAAUAUUACCGAUCGGGGAGGGGCAACAGGCGGACUUCCAAAAUGCCCCACGCAGAAGUUCCUUCCCAAUUGGGGCACGAACAAAUGGAUGUCCAUUUGGAUGGGGACAAGCUUCUCAUUCAGGUGGAAGAAAAAAGAGGGGUGUCUAAAGUGGAUUCUCCAAAAGGGCCCUCCUCAGAGGAGUACAAAAGCGGAGGCAAUGACAAAAAUCCGAACGUGUCCGAGUCGUCGCCUCUCCAUUUAUAUGAGCAUACGGAGGACUCCUCUGAAGUGACUAGUCCCAAUCGUUCCACAACACAUUUCAAAUCGAGUAAUAGCCAAGCGGAUCGCAAAAAUGAAUUUUCGGGCAGAAAAGAAAAUGAUCGAUCGAUCGAAAGGGAGCACCGCGGAGAGACGGAUCCCUUCUCAAACCAAUUUGACCAAUCAUACCUGCACAGCAAAAAGUGCAUAUACCAGUUUGACACAUACCGGCGGUGGAAAUUCAUCACACGAAAUGACAUCACAUUCGAUAUGGACCAUUUCCACAUCAAGCAGCUUGUCGCCGUUUUUAAUGUUAAGUUGAGACAUUUUGAUAUUUCCAAAAUUUACAUGUAUAAAGAAUUUAAGAACAUCAUUACAGACAUUAACAACAUUAUAUAUAUUCGAAUUGACCAUUCUCUUUUGUGUAAGCUAAUUCAGCAAGGCAUUUGGGAACCCGUUGUGCAAAAUAAUCUCGCAAAAGGGUGUCGGCCAAAUGCUCAUCCCUCCGUCAGGACGGUCCUCCUGUUCAGCUCGGGCAACGUCGUCCUUUACGCCUGCAGGAGUCGCGCCGAGGUACUCUGCAUAUCUAGGUUUAUCGUGAACACGAUGCGCCGAAACAAUAACAUAGCA